CACAGCUCUGAGAUUGAGGGAUAAUUCUGAAUCGACUGGAUCUAUUUCAGAGUUAAACAGGACGUCUGCAGCUCAAGAUUAAUCCUUUUUGUGAACCGUUCUGCCUUCUUUUGUAUGCUCUAUCUGCUGUUGGUGCUUCUGAAUCUUUGCUUUCAGCUGUUCUUCUGUGUGUUUUCAAAGAGCAUGUGACAGCAAGAGCUGCUGCAGAAAAGAGGAGCCAAGCAUGGACUAAACCAACUGUUCUGUCCUCUUUCUUUUUCCAUUGUGGUUGCUGUUUGGAAUUCUUCAGGGGGGCUUGUCUUUCCUUAUUAGGAGGACCACUGACAGUGCUGAUGUUUCUGAAUGGCUGUGUGAGUUUUCCUUUAAGAGCCAUCAGAAUCAAAGAUGUAACCAGGCACUUGAACAUUAAUACAAUGGCUUUGAUUUGUAUCAUAAUACCAGGAAAACAAUAGAUUUUUCAAAAAGUAUUUUCUAAUUUUCACACUUACAAGAGAUGUGGUCAGUUCAUGAAUGAAUCUGAUCCAUUGUUUAUGUGCUAAAUCAUGCUGGUUGUGCUAUUUGUGUGUUAAACCUGCAAUUGUGUAGUCUCUUGUAGUAUAGCUGGCUGUUUUGUCAUGUCUGCUUCCCUUGUAUCUGUACUCACAUUUAAAUAAUUUUGCAUUGUGUCCACCAUGCUUUGUAUGCCUGUCCUUUUCAACUGCUAACCUUAAACAAAAGCAGAUCGCACCUUCCACUAAAACCUCAACCAUUGCUGAAUCUAAUCCCUUCCAGUGAGAUGAAUCCUCUCAGACUCUGUUUGGUGACACUUUUUCAGUGGAUAACCUUGUGGCUGACAUACAGUCUCACAAGACUUCAGGCUGCUUUUACAGCCAUAAAAACUUGGAUAACAUCAAAUAUUAAGAAGGAAAGAGGGUCAUGUAAAGCAGCUGUGGUGGGGUGGAAAACCAGUAAAGUCUAUCGCACAUAUUACCAAGGAGAAGAGGACGAAACAAUGGUAACAGUGCAGACCAACACAAAUGCAUUCCAAGUUGACCUUGGGAGGCUCUCCAAGUGCAGCGAGUACUUUCGAGCCUUGUCCCAGUCCAGGAUGAAAGAAACCUCAGAGAGCCUCAUCCACCUGGACCACAUAUCUUCAUUUGUCUUCCAUAAUAUCCUAGAAUUCAUCUUCCAUGAAAAGUUUGAAGUUCCACAAGAAGAGCUGGGUGCACACAUCCAGGUAAGCAGCUAUCUCCUGGUUGAGGUCUUCCUCUCAAAAUGCCUGUCAGUCCUGUCUGAUGUCCUCAGCCCAGAUAACUGUUUGUCUUACCUGAAUCUGGCUCAAGAGAUCUGCUGUGAGGAGCUGAAGAUGACCGUCUUCACCUACCUGAGCAGAAACCUACUGGAGCUACAUCAACUCUUUAAGAGUCUGGAUGAAGAAGAUCAGGCUGAAGUGGUGAACCUGAGAACACAAGGAGAACCAUGUCUCUGCUGCCUUAGAAAAGAGAACCUGACCUCCUGGAACGAUCCAGAAACAGAGCUAGCGCGGCAUAUGUUUGUUUUAAAAGGGUCUGAGGACAGUGGACAUUGGUGCUCGGCUACAGAACUUCCUUUCAGGGCAGAUAAGUGGUGUUUUACUACAGUGGUGCUGUAUAAUUACCUGUACAUUAUAGGAGGCUACAGGCAGCGUGUGAAAAGAGGCUGGGAUUUCAAGAUGACCUCUUUUAGGUACAAUCCCUUCACCCAUAUGUGGGCUGCCACAGCUCCCAUGAUUAAGCACAGAAGGCACUACAGUGCAGUGGUCUGUGAAGGCAGCAUUUACUCAGUGGGUGGCUGGUACCUGGACUCAUUGGUGACUCCAGACUCCAGCACUGCCCUUUAUACAGCUGUUGAAUGCUAUGACCCAUGGGAGGACACAUGGAGGUUUGUGUCAUCACUGCCGCUCACUGACUUCCAGUUUACCAUGUCCUUAUCCCAUGACGUCCCCCUUGCCACCAGCCUCAAACACUGUCUCUAUGUGUUGGGGAGCAUCCAAAGAACUGGAGAGAAACUACUCCUUCAGUACAAUACAAGGGAAGACUCCUGGUCUGAACUGCUCCCCACCCUCACCAGAGCAGAUACAGAUCUCCCUGUUCUUUACUUCCUGGGUGCCACCGACAGGCUGUUUGUGAUUGGUGGGAACAACUCAGAGAAUGUGGUGACAACUUUCUGUGUACAGUCACAGAGAUGGGGAGAGGUGCAGAGGGCUGAGAAAGUGGCAUUUGCCGGACAAGGUACCAUUAUAGGCCACCAAGUCCUGAUGCCGAGUAUAGCACACAACUCUGUUGCAAAGCUGGAUCUCCACACUCUCUCCCUCCAAGCUCUCCCGCCAUUACCCAUCUCCACCCGCUAUGAAUCUGUAUUUUAUCUCCACUUUUAAUGUUGUAGGUGCUUUUCAUACUACACAUUCAGUGAGGUUUGAUAAUACAAAUGUCUCAGAUAAAUUCAAAGUGUAUUAUCAGUGCAUUAGACCAUGGUUCUGUUGGAUUUUGGACACACUGGACAGGCAACAACCCCCCCCCCCCCCCUCCAUUGCAUAAA